UUGUAGGAUUCCAUUGUUUUGGUUACUGCUGAAUUUGACAUUAUGUGAAUGGCACCUGCACUAUGGCCCAGCCUGGGAUUGUACAAUGCAACAAUGAUCUCAAGCUACCAGGAGUUCAACAGAGUAAAGAUUCCGGGAUAGACUUUUUGCAAAGUACUUCCCACCAGGGUGGCUAUUCCCAUGCCGCAGUGGUCCAUGCCCUGAGGAAAUGUGGCAUUCGUCAUAUUGACACAGCAAAAAGAUACGGCUGUGAAUCGCUCAUCCAAAAGGCCAUCAGAGAGAGUGGUGUGAAGCGAGAGGACCUCUGGAUAACUACCAAACUGUGGCACAGUGAUUAUGGCUAUGAAAACACAAAAAAGGCCUGCUUGGAGUCAUGUGAAAGACUUGGUGUUGAAUAUCUUGAGGAAAACUUGACUCACUUCCAAGAAGUCAUUUGCAGUGAUUCCUUCUAUCUUUAUUUGAUUCACUGGCCUGAUGCACAAGUUCCAGGUAAAAGCAAUCGAGAGGUCCGAGCUGAAACCUGGAGAGCGAUGGAAGAGCUAUAUGAGAAAGGUUUGUGUAAAUCAAUUGGUGUAAGCAAUUUUCUUAUCAGCCAUCUUGAACAACUAAAGGAGGACUGUGUGAUUACUCCACAUGUUAAUCAGGUUGAAUAUCACCCUUUCCAAAGACCUCAGGAGCUGGUUGAUUAUUGUAGGAGCAGAAAUAUUGUUUUUGAAGGCUACUGUCCUUUAGCUAAAGGUGAAGCACUCACUCAUCCUGCAGUCAUUCAGCUGGCAAAGAAAUAUGGCAGAACUCCAGCACAGAUUUGCAUACGCUGGAGCAUACAGAAUGGGAUUGUCACUAUUCCAAAGUCAACAAAGGCAGAACGGAUAGAGGAAAACUGCAAGGUGUUUGAUUUUACAAUAGCAGAAGAUGAUGUUGAAAUUCUGAAUGGAAUGCAUGAUGGGAGACAUGUUUCCUGGGAUCCAACUUCUAUUGUGUGAAUCAAGGUUUUUGAUUUUAAUCUGAGGAAAGAAGAUAUGGAAUCUUUGAACACUGACUAUCAACAGAAAAUUAAUUCAUCUAACCUAUUCCCUGUGGAAAGAAUAAUUUAAAACCAGAUUGUUCUAAACUGGAAAAGUGAUGUAACUGAAACAUUAACUAGUUUUAAACUGAACAAUAAAUCUGAAUUGUUCUAUUAGGUACUCAGUAUACUCAAGAAUCAAUAUAAAUUGUUUGUAUUUACUCUUAUGUUAACAAAUUAAUAAAAUAAUUUACUCUUUGUAGCUUUGUUACAGAUACAGAAAUACUUUCAGCAUCUGCUCUCGUAGAACUUUCUGGUAUAGUCUCCCAUGGGUUGAGUUAUCUCACAAUAUUAUAAUAUUAUAAUUUUCUUCUACCUGCAUGUACUUCAUUUAAGGUGUCAUUUGAACCCAUUUGAACAAAUCAGUUAGGCGUAUUUUUUUCCUUACAGAUUUUGAAAAGUAUCAGUUACUUGCAGGCACAUGAGAGCAUACUACAUUGCAUGUAAAUCUUGACAAAUAAUUCCAAAUAUAGAAUAUUUGUCCAGGGAUUGCAGCAGAAAAAUUAAUUCAACUUCUGUAUUUCUUCUAGUCAUGAGAAUUUUGGGGAAUUUUGCAGGCCAUUCUUGAUAUUUUCUUGGUGACCAAACCUGCACUCUGAUAGUGUUUCACAGAUCUCCUGUCAUGACCAGCACUUCAGAGAGGAAUGGCUCCCUUUGUGACCUAAGUUGCAUCAGACUGAAUAAAAGUAUUUUUUGCUUA